AGCAAUCAAAUAAAUUUCGUUUACCUACUUCAAACCCUAGGGUUUCUCCUUAUUCUCGCGGACGAAUCCUCUGAUCUGAGCUUCAGCAACCAACCAUGGCGGCGACUCAGAUGAGCAAAAAGCGAAAGUUCGUGGCUGAUGGAGUGUUCUUCGCGGAGUUGAACGAGGUUCUCACUCGUGAGCUGGCGGAGGAUGGAUACUCCGGCGUCGAGGUUAGGGUUACUCCAAUGAGGACCGAGAUCAUCAUCCGAGCUACCCGCACCCAAAACGUUCUCGGAGAGAAGGGGAGGAGGAUUAGGGAGCUUACCUCAGUGGUGCAGAAGAGGUUUAAGUUUCCGGAAAACAGCGUGGAGCUGUAUGCUGAGAAGGUGAACAACAGGGGUCUUUGCGCCAUUGCUCAGGCCGAAUCCCUUCGCUACAAACUCCUCGGUGGUCUUGCUGUUAGACGGGCAUGCUAUGGUGUUCUUAGAUUUGUUAUGGAGAACGGGGCAAAGGGUUGCGAGGUUAUCGUUAGUGGGAAACUUAGGGCUCAGCGUGCCAAGUCCAUGAAGUUCAAGGAUGGGUACAUGAUUUCUUCUGGUCAACCAGUUAAAGAAUACAUCGACUCUGCUGUCAGACACGUUCUUCUCAGACAGGGAGUACUUGGUAUCAAGGUGAAGAUCAUGCUUGAUUGGGAUCCCAAGGGAAAACUUGGCCCGGUUACCCCUCUUCCGGAUAUUGUCAUCAUUCAUCCUCCAAAGGAAGAAGAAGCAUUCCGCCCAGCUUUGGCACCGGCUGAGGUUGAGGUCGAAGUAUAGAUUCCAACCCAAUGCUUUGUUUAGAAUUUGAGUUCUUGUCAAUGUUUUGCAAAUGUUGUGGCAUCUUUUUGUCUGUUUAGAACAUAUAUAAAAGUUAUCUCCAAUUUUUGAUCUGUCACAGCAAUUUCUUAUGUUGGAUUGAAUAGUCUGUCACCUAACAUUAUAGUUUUUGAUAAUUUGAUUGAGUUUUUAUCAUCA